AUGGAUAACAUUGUGAAGCUCCUUACGCAACAAAAGCAGCUACCGCUGUGCGAAUAUGUGAAGCGCGUCGGCCCAGGCAAUUUCACCAAUUUGGACCCAACCCAGUUGGAGCAUUUUCUAAACAAAUUGUGCAAAAUACGGAAUGCACAAAAGGAAGAGAAGGAGGAAGAAUAUGUGGUGGAAGCGCCGCCACUCAUCAACAUCAGUAGCAUCCACGAGUGUAAUGAGGAGCCACCCAACGGGAGCAUAUUUAUCGACGCGUAUAAAAAAGAAGACUUAAUGAACGAAUUAAAGCAUGUAGGAUUGGAAAUUAUUAAAAAGAGUGAAGUUGCCGUUUUGAUCUUGGCGGGUGGUCUGGGGUCCCGUCUUGGCGUCAAGAAGCCAAAGGGGUUGGUAGAAAUUACGCCAAUAAUGAAGAAGACGUUUUUCCAGUUUUAUUUUGAGCAGGUGAAGUUUUUGGAAGAGUACGCAGUAGCAGUGGACACGGUUCGGGGAGGCCAUGAUCGUGCGGGUGGUGGAAGCAGCAUGGGUGUGGGCAUGGCCAACCGCUCAAACACAAGAGGGACGGACCCGCCCCCCCAAAGUAACCCCGCCGACGGAACGACCAUCCACAUCUACGUAAUGACGUCCGAGUACACGCACGACGAAACGGUUCACUUUCUGGAGGAGAAAAAUUUCUUCGGAUUAAAAAAGGAAAAUAUAAAAUUUUUUAAGCAGAGCAAUAAUUAUGUCACCGAUUUUAACUUCAACGUGGUUCUGUCCAAUGAGCACACCUUGCUGACAUGCCCCGGGGGGAAUGGAGCCCUCUUCAGUGCCCUGGACAAGAACGAAAUUGUUGAGGACAUGGUCCGAAAAAACAUAAAAUACAUUCAAGUUGCAAGUAUUGAUAAUGUGUUAAAUAAAAUAUCUGACCCAGUGUUAGUUGGCUUUUGUUCCUUUUUCCAUUGCGACGUGGCUAAUAAGGCGGUUAAAAUGGAGGAGGUGGGAUCAAUGGGCAUCUUCUGCCUAAAGCGGAUGGCAAAAGAACAGCCACCCGGUAACGCCACCAAAAACGAAUUCUCCGUGUGCGAAUACACAGAAGUGAACGAAUACAUUUUGAGCAACCCAGAGCUCUUUACAUAUGGCAACAUUUGCCACCACAUUUUUUCUCUACCGUUCCUACGCCAUAUUGUAAAGGGGAAACUAUACGACCAUAUGAAGAUGCACAGAAUAGUGCGCAAGAAGGAGUACUACCGCUUUGGGGAGGGAAAAAAUGGGGACACCCCCCUGACCACUUCCUCCCCCCUGUACUGCUACGAAUACUUCAUUUUUGACGUUUUUAAAUACGCCAAAAGGAUUUUAUCUUUGGAAGUUUCCAGAGAAGAUGAAUUUUACCCAAUAAAAAGUAACGACAACGGAAUGGCUAUCCUAAAUGCACAAAAAAAGUUAAGCAAGAGGAAUAGAAAAUGGCUUGAAAAUAUGAAGUUCACCGUAGUAGCUAACCCUGUGGAGGAUCUCAACUGGUGCGAAGUUUCCCCUCUAGUCUCUUACGAUGGAACUUUUUUUUUUCACUUGCCAGCACAGAAGGAGGUGCACCUGCCGUUUGCCCUCGAUUGGGCUUCGUCCUCCUAA